UGUCUCACACUAUAUACUACCCACUCGCAUUCUACUGAUUCCCCGGUCCGUCCGUCAUAUCUUUUCCCAUCGAUCGAAUUGAGCAUUCAAGAUGAAGAUCACAUCCCUCUUCGUUUCCGCUGCCUGCUUCUCUCUACCUCUCGUCUACGGCCAACCACUCAUCGACGUCCUUGUCACCCGGGGAUUCACCGAGUACGCCGCGAACCUCCAGGCGUACCCGGCGCUGCUGGCUCGGCUCCAGGACCGCAACGACAUCACAGUGUGGGCGGUUCCGAACAAAUAUGUGACAUCGCCCGAUUCCGCUACUUCGAGCCCACGCCUUGUCCGACGCCAAUCGGAAGUGGAAGUCAGCGCGAGCAUCAGCCACGACGGCAAGCCGCCAACCAGCGGCAUUUCCAAGCGGCAGGCUGGCGGGAAUGCUGCCAGCAACUUCAUGACCCUGCGGACAUUCCUUGAGGACCCCACCUUCGUUAACUUGGGUCCCGGACAACCCGGCAGAUACGUCCGUAGCUACACCGACUCGCCGCCAGGAUCGGACCAGGCAAAUAUCCAGAUCACGACGGGAUUGGGCACGGUCAUCACGCAGUUCUCGGGCCCGUUCAAGUACGACAAGGGCCUGAUCUACGGAGUCACCAAUUUCCCCACCCUGCCACGCCCACUGCCCGAGACGCUGCAAACGCUUGGUCUGGACACGUUCCACGCGGCGAUCACCGCAGCGGGGCGGGAGGACAAGCUCGACAACACACCUGGCGUGACCAUUUUCGCGCCAGCGAACAGUUCUUUGCACGGCGACGACACGAUCGACGUGGAUGCGCACACCAUCAGCGACGGCUUCUUUUUCCUCCCCGAGCUAUUCGACCAGAGCCCGCACCGGAGCGACGCCGGCACCACGCUGACCAUGACAUUCUCCGAAGGGUCGUUCUACGUCAACGGUGUCCGAAUCAUCAAGUCCGACAUCUCUAUCAAGAAUGGUGUCGUGCAUGUCAUCGAGAAGCCGCUGGAUUACUGCGGCGAAGGAAAGGAUGAUAAGAAGAAGGUGGAGUACAAGGCUCCCGCCGCGCCCACGCCGGUCAAGGAGAAGGAGCAUAAACCCGAGCCGACCAAACAUCACUACAAGCCUCGCGGUGCCGUCAGGAUUUAAGGAGGGAAGGGAAUGUAAUGAUACGGCAAGACCGAGUGAAUGGGUCGCUAAUGGUUAUGGAUGACGAUUUUUUGGAUGAUUACGGAUUUACGGGUUGACGGGUUCGGGUUGACGGGUGUGGAAUCUGGAUGCAUUAAUUAUAUGGCUCUCUCUCACAUGUUCAAGUGCGCGUUACCUGUGCCAGAUGAAUAUCUGCUCUAUUGUAACCAUUAACUUACAC